AUGUCUGAUACUAGUCAUCAGAAUUCAAAGCAACAGACGUCAGUUGAGCACAGUGGAUCAGGAUCAUCAGUAUCAUCAAAUAAUUAUACAGAGCCUAGUACUUCAACUAAUCAACGCCCUCAUGUUUCUACGUGGGUGUAUAUUAAAUGGCUCAUAUGGUCUACUAUUGCAAGUAUUUUCGGAUGUAGUAUCCCUGUCUUUACACCAUAUGAUAACACUUGGCCAACUACAUCAAAUUUAAUUGAUCAUAAUAAAUUUGAAUCGAAUGAUUCAAAUCUACAUGAGAAUAAUGAUGACGCAUGUAGUACACAAUUAUUGAAUGAAGUGAAUAAUGUGUGUACAGAGAAAAAUGCCAUUUCUUAUCUUUCAUCAUCAACUUGUGAUUUUGAAUUAGACGUGAAAACUACUGACACAGAGAAAGUUACACUUUCCUGUCAAAAUCAUAUCCCUGAAAAUGCAAUAAAAUUAGAUUCAUCUUCUAAAGACAUUACUGAUAUUGAUAAUAAUAAUAAUAAUAAUACAUCAAGGAAAAAUGGAUAUUUUUGCAAUAUUAAUGAGACAUUAAACUGUAAACCACUAACUGAUUCGGAUUUAAUUCCAAUUUCUACGUCAAUAUUUACUGAUCCUGAAUACUUAUGUACAGAAUCGAAUCCUGUGACAUUUACCCUAUUGGAUUCAUAUCAGUUGAAUUCAGUUAAUGGUUUAAUUGAUAAGGUAACUCAUGAUAGUUAUGUUCAUAAUUUAAUAAACUCUGUAUUACCACGUAAUUUAUCUAAUUCAAGUGAUAUAAGUGUGCCAAUUGAAGUACGUAAAAUGUACGCAUGGAAUAAAUCGACUCCAAUCAAUCCUCAGCCAUCAAUUGAUAAUCAUAAAACUGAAUGUAACUUAGAAGUAGGAUCCGUUUUAUCAGAUGAUAUAAAUGCAUCACCUGGACAAUAUAAUUUAUCGGAUAAUUCUUAUCCACCUUUAAGUCCUAGUACACUGGGAGAAGAUAGUUUACAAGUUGAAUGUUUUGAUAAAUCUCCUGAGAUAGACUUAAACUUACCAGAUAUUAGUCGGUCAGAUCAGACAUUGGCAUGGGCAAUAUCUAAUCUCUGUGUUAAUAAUGCACCUAACGAAUUAGAUACUGAUUCAAAUGAGAUUCUAUCUAAUAAACAAACAGAAGAUCUAUCACCUUCUGAUGAAACAGUUGACUUUACUGUAAAAGCCUGUCAAAAUUUCAAUCUAUCCUCCCGACCCCCUGUGCCGAAUUCUUUACAGAGACCAAGCAGAGAUCGUAGUCCUGUUUAUUGUAAAAAUAUUACCACUAAUCGACCUAAGAAUUCAUCAGAUUUAUCUACUCUCCUUCCAUUUGAUGGUGCUCAGUUAUUCACUGUAAGUGAUAAAGUUGAAACCAUUGAAACGGUUAAACCGAAACGCAGUAGUUCGCUUAAAUCUAACAGAAGCCUUUCAGAUACACAUGAACCAAAAGCAGUUCGUUUCGCUGAUGCUUUAGGACUUGAUUUAGCAACUGAACGACAUGUGUAUGAUUCUGAAGCUCCUCCAAAAAUACCAGCCUCGGCUACAUUUGAUUUAGAAUUAGAUUCUGAUGAAUCUAUUGCAAAAAUUGGUGCAAAACAAUUCGGUUUAUGUUUUUCACAACCAGGAUUAACAUCGAAUUUUAUUCGUCGAGUACUUACCAGUAAUAUAUGCUUAGAAGAUUGUCAUAUUGAUAUGCAACAUUGUAUACUAACUGGUACAAUAAGAGUUAAAAGUUUAGGUUAUGAAAAGCAUGUUACCAUUCGUAUUACAUAUAACAAUUGGAUUACCUUUUUCGAUACACCUGCAUCAUACAUUCAAGGAUCCUAUGAUGGUGUAACAGAUAAAUUCUCUUUUAGUUUAAUCUUUCCUGAUACAAUGGUACCAGGUGAUAAAGCGCAAUUUGCUAUACGCUAUGAAACACAUACUGGUGAACAAUUUUGGGAUAAUAAUCAUGGACAAAAUUAUUGUGUAACAUGUUAUGCAAAAGCUACAGAUUUAGCUGGUGAUGGAUCAUGGAUGCAUUACCUUUGA